GCGAUGGGGGCGGGGCCUGCUGCCGCGGCUGAGAGGAAGGGCCGCGCGGGCUUAGCUGGUGCGGCGGGCACGAGCCUUGGGCCGGUUCGCAGAGGGACCUUGCGGCAGCCUCAGUUUCCCCCUUCGGGAGUAAGCCGAGCAGGCUGGGCUCGAGCAGCUGCACAGGCCGCGCGAAGUGAUGACGUGGCGGGUAAGGCCCUGGAGCUCCGGCGCCGCCUGUCAGAACCGCGUCAUCCCUCAUCUGUAAACCGGAGCUACAGAUUCUGCUUGUCCUCUUGCGCUCUGGGCCCAGCCCUCAGUCCAGAUGAUACUCAUGCCGAUGGCAUCAGUGGUGGCGGUGGCGGAACCCAAAUGGGUCUCGGUCUGGGGCCGUUUCCUGUGGAUGACCCUGCUGAGCAUGGCUCUGGGGUCACUGCUGGCCCUGCUGCUGCCACUAGGAGCUGUGGAAGAGCAGUGUCUGGCUGUACUCAGAGGCUUCCACCUGCUCAGGAGCAAACUGGACAGGACACAGCAUGUGGUCACCAAGUGCACCAGCCCAUCCACAGAGCUCAGUGUCACCUCCAGGGACACAGGGCUGCUGACGGCCAGGACUAAGGCGUCUCCAGCAGGGAAGCUGGAAGCCAAGGCCGCACUAAACCAAGCCCUGGAGAUGAAACGCCAAGGCAAGAGGGAGAAAGCCCACAAGCUCUUCCUGCACGCCCUCAAGAUGGACCCUGGCUUCGUAGACGCUCUCAAUGAGUUUGGCAUCUUCUCCGAAGAGGACAAGGACAUCGUCCAGGCGGAUUACCUAUUCACCAGGGCCCUAACCAUUUCCCCCUUCCACGAGAAAGCGCUGGUCAACCGGGAUCGGACGCUGCCCCUUGUGGAGGAGAUCGACCAGAGGUACUUCAGCGUCAUCGACAGCAAGGUGAAGAAGGUCAUGUCCAUCCCUAAGGGCAGCUCAGCGCUUCGCAGGGUCAUGGAGGAGACCUACUACCAUCACAUCUACCACACGGUGGCCAUCGAGGGCAACACCCUCACCCUGUCGGAGAUCAGGCACAUCCUGGAGACCCGCUACGCAGUGCCAGGGAAGAGCCUGGAGGAGCAAAACGAGGUGAUCGGCAUGCACGCGGCCAUGAAGUACAUCAACACCACCCUGGUGUCCCGCAUCGGGUCUGUCACCAUCGAUGACAUGCUGGAGAUCCACAGGAGGGUACUGGGGUAUGUGGACCCAGUGGAGGCGGGCAGGUUUCGGAGGACCCAGGUCCUGGUGGGACACCACAUCCCACCCCACCCCCGCGAUGUGGAGAAGCAGAUGCAGGAGUUCACACAGUGGCUCAACUCAGAGGACGCCAUGAACCUGCACCCGGUUGAGUUUGCGGCCUUAGCCCAUUACAAACUGGUGUACAUCCACCCUUUCAUCGACGGCAACGGGAGGACCUCCCGCCUGCUGAUGAACCUGAUCCUGAUGCAGGCGGGAUACCCGCCCAUCACCAUCCGCAAGGAGCAGAGGUCCGAGUACUACCACGUGCUGGAAGUCGCCAACGAGGGUGACGUGCGGCCUUUCAUCCGCUUCAUCGCCAAGUGUACGGAAGUCACACUGGACACAUUGCUUCUUGCCACCACGGAGUACUCUGUGGCGCUGCCCGAAGCCCAGCCCAACCAUUCUGGGUUCAAGGAGACACUUCCUGUAAGGCCCUGACUGCGGCUGUCGCUUGGCAUCCAGAGGCGGCCUUUCUAGAAACAGUUCUCCCCAGUAGCAAAAGGAGACGUUAAACAUUCUUUACCUCCAGAUGUUUGUCAGUUGAGGAAGAAAACUAAAUUAUUAAGCCUGUCUUUAGGGUAAUUUAUAGUUCAGUCAAGUUAUUUAUUUAAUUUUUUUUUUUUACUUUUUUUGGUGAGCUAACAGCACCGAGUGGUGCUGUGACCACUACACCUGUGGUGAUCCUGGCACCCAGUAGGGCAGCAGUGCUUUUCUAAUGUCCUGGGCCUGGGUGUCUAGACAGAAUUUGCACUAAAAGUGGAGACAGAGAGCCAGAUGUGUGGGACGGAGCCCAGGGCCACAGGGAUCACUCGGAUGCCUUUGAGAUCCUGUGACCUCAGGUUGACCUCUGCCAACUUGGGCAGAACCUACCCUGCGCUGAGGCAGGCUUUCAUUCCUGAGUGGCUGUGGCAGCCACUUCUACUGGCAGCACAGCCCUUUGACACAGGAGGCGGAUGUUGCCAUCUCCAGUAGGAGACUGCAGAUACCCAAAGACCCUCCGAGCUAUGAGCUUGCUAACCUGAGUUCCAGGGGAUGGCAUUUUCCUACCCAGACUGUUCUGGUGAAGGGCGAGCAGCAGGGCUUUUCCUUGUCUUUGACCUGUACUUCACUUGCUAUCAACUGAGGCUAAAAGUUCUCCAAGUUUGCCCACCUACCCCAUCACUCCACAGAGGGGGUCUGCCUUCACCUCCCACUCAGUCUUCUGAGGACCUGGAGGUGAGGCUUGGCGAUAGAAUGUACCCAGCAUGCACCACACACAAGGUACCUUCCCUAAUAUUACAAAAGAAUGUAUCUGAGAUACCACAUCAACCCCAAAAUAAGCAGCUCUGAUAAAAGAUCUAAAAUGAGCAAAUACCUAUGACCACAACCAGGCCUCUCCCCUUUUGUCUUGUAGUUUGAAACCCUCUUCCCCUCUGAUGGCAUUACAGAGUAGGGCGUCCCCACGGGUAGGUAGACUGCCUUGGAGUGGACUUGUUCUUCUAGUAACUUGAUGGUGUCAUGUCUGAUAAGACACAUGUCCAAGUUGUCGUCUUAGAAAAAAUAAACUUUUUUCAAUCAUA